GCAGGACGGAGCUCAAUCCGCCUCACAAAACUCUGGAUUAACUUUUAUUUUAAUUUAUUUGAUUUGAUUUGUGACGUCACUCCGCACGAGGAAGUGGAGAAAUUGGUUUGUAAAUUCAAGGGAAGAAGAAGAAGUGAAAUUUCUUAUGAAUGGGAACGUGACGGAGGCGGUUGCAGGUUUGAUUCCCGCUGCAGUCGAUGAGAAUCCUGUCAAAACCUGUGGACUCGGACCGGCUCGCUCACUAGCGAUGGAGGGAGGGAGCCCAGGAGGAAAUCCCAGCGCUGCCUCGUCUCGGUCAUUUCCUGCCCAGGCUGAGGCGGAAGACGGCGCUGAUUGGAUCUCUGCACCGGCAGCCUCUGAAGAAACCGCUCCCGACACAAACAACGUGGGCCGGCCCACCCACGACUACCGCUGCCGCCGGGGGGAGGCGACCUCCUCCACCUCUGACAGCCGAGAGGAGCGAGCUCAGAGUCCCAGCGGCUUCAAGACGGAGGACAGUCAAGAAGAACCUCUGAGUAAAGACGACCAGGCUGCCGAGGAGCCGAAGACACCGGCUCAAACUGAGCACCAAACCCACCGAGGUCCACCUGCUGCAGAUCAACAAAACCCAGAAGCUUCUUCUCCUGCAGAAGAUCCGACUGCUUCCACUUCUGACAAACACCAAAACCAGCAGGAGCGAACACACUGCCUCUCCAGUUCCCAGGCACAGGAGCCUCCCACUGAAUCUCUAACUAAAGAAAACCAGACCACAGACGUACCAGCUCAGCCCAGUACCACAGACCACCAAAGCCAUCAGGAUCCUCCUCCUACGGACCAUCAAAGCCAGAAGGAUCCUCCUCCUCCAGACCAUCAAAGCCAGAAGGAUCAUCUUUCUGAGGACCAGCAGACGCAGAAGAAUUCUCAACAACAAAACAAAAACAUUCCUCCUUCGACAGAACAACAAAAACAAGUUUCUCUCUCUACAGACCAGAAAACGCACAAGGUGCCUCCUAAUCCUAAAGACCAACAGAUCAAGAAGGAUCCUGUUCCUAAAUCCCCAAAAACCCAAAAGGAUCUCCAUUCCACAGUCCAACAAAACCAAAAGGAUCUUCUGUCUAAAGACCUGAGGACCCAAAAGGAUCUACCUUCUACAGUCAGACAAAACCAAAAGGAUCUUCUGUCCAAAGACUUAAAAACCCAAAAGGAUCUUCCUUCUAAAGACCUGAGGAUCCAAAAGGAUCUUCCUUCUACAGUUCAACAAAACCAAAAGGAUCCCUCUUUGACAAAACAACAAAAACAAAAGGUUCCUCCGUCUACAAGCCAUCAGCCCCGGCAGGAUCCUCCUCCUGCUCAUCCUCAGACUCCAGAGCUCCGAGCUCCUCUGUCUUCACCAGCCAACCUCGGUCCAGCCGAACCCUCAGCCCUGGCUCCGCCGGUCACCAUCGAGGCGUUCUGUGACCAGGUCCAGCCUCAGCCUCAGACUCCCUCCUCUUCCUCUGGGGUGCCCAAACUGUGCGGGUACCUCCAGAAGCAGGGCGGGCCUCUGAAAGCCUGGAAGCAGCGCUGGUUCACCUACGAGGAGAAGAAGAGCCAGCUGUUCUACUACCGAACGCCGCAGGAUGUGACGCCGCUGGGCCGGGUGGAGCUCGGCAGCGCCACCUUCACGUACCCGCUGAAGGCCGAGAACGGCACCUUCCACAUCCAGACGCCUGAACGCACCUUCAUACUCAAGGCGGUGAGCCAGCAGGUCAUGCUGUACUGGCUGCAGCAGCUGCAGUUGAAGCGCUGGCAGCACCGAGUCCAGCAGUCUGCAGGCUCCCCCGGCUGCUCCGACUCCACCAACAACAACAACAACAGCAACGCUCCCGACGACUUCCUGCCGAUGCUGACGAGCCCGCUGGGCCUGGUGGGCGAGGACGCGGCCGGCCUGCAGACUCAGAUGGCGCUGUUCCCCAACGUGUCGCUCAAACACCCGCUCAUCGAGAUCCAGAACUCGGUCCACAGUCUGCGUAAGCGGUCGUCUCAGGAUUGGAGUCAGAGUGUGUUUCAUGUUGAGAUUCCUCCCAGCCCGGCGGCCUCAGAGCCUUCCACCCCGAGGACGCCGGUGGAGCCCCCCACCCCGACGUCUCCCGCCUCGCCGGCCGACCCCGCGGGCCGCCGCUCGCCAGCCGACCCCGCGGGCCGGCGCUCGCCGUCGCUGUUCGAGAGCCAGAGGAGCCGCAGGAAGAAGAGCCGCAGCUCGUCCACCUUGCCCGUCAUCCGCAGGGACACGUCCUCCUCAGACAGGAUGUCCCGCCUCCAGCAGGAGAAGCACAUGCUGGCAGAGGAGGUCAAAGCGCAGAAGGAGCUGGUGUGGCUCCUCCACAAGGCCCUGGAGGCCGCUCAGCUGGAGAAGCGAACCUGCGGCGAGUUCCUGGCGGCGAAGGGCGAGCAGGAGCGGCUGGAGCUGCUGCGGCACCGCGAGCGGCAGGCGGCCGACCUGCGCAGCCGCCUGGAGGAGGUGAAGACGGAGGCGGAGGCGCUGAGGAGGAGCCUCGCCCAGCGGGACGCCCAGCUGUCCGAGCUGCAGGAGAACCUGAGGAUGAUGAUGGAGAAGAACCAGGCCAAGCAGGAGGUGAUCGUGAAGCUGUCGGACCAGGUCACCGCCUGCAUGUCCGACCCGCUGCACUCCCUCUCCUCCCCCUCCAACGGCCUGGACUCUCAGACCUUCAAGCAGCUCCAGCAGGAGAUCGAGAACCUCAAGGACGACAUCGAGGCGUACAAGACCCAGAACAAGUUCCUGAACUCUGAGAUCUACCAGCUGACCAAACUGUGGAGGAAGAGCUCGGAGCAGGAGAAGAGCCUCAUGGUGAAGUGUGCCUACCUGGAGGCCAGUAACUGCCAGGUGGAGAGCCGCUACCUGGGCGUCCUGCGCAAGCUGCAGGAGAGCAAAGCCCUGGAGGCGGGCGAGCGCGAGGCCGUCAAGAAGCUGAUCGAGGACGCGCUGCGAGGAGAGCUGAAGAGCGUCGCCAAGCUCACCCCGCACAGGGACCACGACGAGUACGGCUUCAAGAUCAUCCCCGACUACGAGGUGGAGGACAUGAAGCUGCUGGCCAAGAUCCAGGCUCUGGAGAUCCGCUCGCACAACCUGCUGCAUCAGGAGGCCGGAGAUCGCCCCCUGCUGGGCCGCUGGGCGCAGUACCUGGCCGGCCGCUCGGGCGACGACCUCUGUGCCUCGCCGGAGCUCAAGAGUCUGAUACGCGCCGGCGUCCCGCAGGAGUACCGGCAGCAGGUGUGGCGCUGGGUGGUGCGGGCCAGGACGCACUCCAUCAAAGACCACCACCCGCAGCGCUACACACAGCUGUGUGAGAAGAGCCGGACGUCCCCCCACCCGGCGUCCCGGCAGAUCCAGCUGGACCUGCACCGCACACUGACCACCAAUCAGCGCUUCUCCUCCCCCUCCAGCCCCGCCCUCCAGCAGCUCAGACGCAUCCUAUUGGCCUUCUCCUGGCACAACCCCGCCAUUGGCUACUGCCAGGGCCUCAACAGGCUGGCUGCCAUCGCCCUCCUGGUCCUGCAGAGUGAGGAAGACGCCUUCUGGUGCCUGGUGACGGUGGUGGAGGCCAUCAUGCCUCUGGACUACUACACCAAGAACCUGGUGGCCUCUCAGGCGGACCAGCGCGUGCUGAAGGAGUUCAUGGCCGAGAAGCUGCCGAGGCUGGCGGCGCACUUCGAGGAGCACAGCAUCGACGUCUCCCUCAUCACCUUCAACUGGUUCCUGGUGGUUUUCGUGGAGAGUUUGCCCAGCAACAUCCUCCUGCGGCUGUGGGACGCCUUCCUGUACGAGGGCACCAAGGUGAUCUUCCGCUAUGCUCUGGCUCUCUUCAAGUACAAAGAGGAGGACAUCCUGAAGAUCCACGACAGCGUGGAGAUCUACCAGUACCUGCGCUUCUUCACCAAGACCGUCUCUGACGGCAGGAAGCUGACCAGCAUCGCCUUCAACGACAUGAACCCGUUCCCCGGCCGGCUGCUGAGGAACAGGCGUGCGGUUCACCUGGAGCGCCUGCAGGGGGAGCUGCGCGAGCUGGAGGAGCAGCAGAAGGAGUUUGUCACGGAGAGCGCCGAGCGCAAAGACAAGGAGCUGGACACGAUGGUCAGCGAGGACGACGAGGAGCUCUAACGCUACACCGAACUUUAACACACUGAACUUUAACUCAUCCAGUGAAAAUCAACUCGGCACACAACGGUUUUUCAGCAGCGGAUCUGUUUUGUAUCUGUACAGGAAGCUGACAGGACAAACCGUUUUAAUGCUGCCCGCCACGGAGCAGCAGCGGUGAAGUGCCUUGCUCAAGGUCAAAUCAACAAGUCGUAUUUUUUUUAAGGCAAAGUGCCACUUAUAUCAUCUAUUAUGAUAUAAAUUAAGAAUUUGUUUCCAAAAGAUUAAUAUCAGCAGAAAAGGGCAGGAAAACUUUAGUCCACAAAAACAAAAGUUUGGAUUUAUUUACCUUCCAUCAUCACUACACUCACAGAAAGAUACAGCACAGGAUACACACAUUUCAGGAGGUUCUGGCACCCAAAAGUUAAUUAAUUGGAUUGUUCUCUGGCCUGAAGUAAGAUUCAAACAUGGAAACCUUCUCCUGUUUGACCACCUGUUGACCACGAGCUGUCUGCAGUGAUGAUACUAAAUCUCUGGGAAAAGUCCUCAUGCUUUGGUGAACUGGGUACGUUCAUGACAAAAAUGUGAGAAGAUGAUUCGCAAAAGUGAGUUUUGCAUAUAAUUUACCUGUACAUGACUGCACAGGAGGGCUCUCUGUCUGUCAGAAGGCUCUCCAUGUCAGAUCAUCACCUAUAGUUCAUGAAUUCUUGCCUCAGUCCAGAAAGAGGCCAAGCUGCACCUCUGACCCCAGCCAAUCAGCACACAGCGUCCUUCAGGAUGCAGCGUGACAUCCACAGGUGAUGCUGGAGGAGGUUCAGAACAUCAUCAGUCUGAUGCAAAAAACUCUGACCUUUAAGCCUAACUCAUGUUGGACUUUAUGUCGUCCACAACACAAAUCUCACUUUGGUGCUCAGUUUUCAUAGCUUUGUCAUUUCUGAGCUUACUUAUUGGCUUAUGAACUUCCAAAAACUUGCAGGUUCAAUCCGGACUAUAAGGCCUUGUUCAGACUCGAGAUGUGGCUUGGAUCUGAUUUUAGCAAAUCGGAUCCGGAUCUAUUCCAGCUGGCAUCCUCCUACGCUUCUGCUAACUCUUGCCACUAUUUUGUAGUCUCCGUUUCUGCAUUUUGGGCUUCGCGCUGACAAAGAUGAUUGUAAUGAUGGUUUAAAGAAAUACAAACAAGCCAGAGCGUUUUACCCCAAUAGCAGAACAAUCAAGGGUUCAGCCAGACCUUUCUCCAACAUACUUCUAAAACAAAGGAAAUAUUAAUUGACUAAAGGAAAAAGCCUCCCCCUGUCGCUCCUGCUGUUAAUUAUGUCUAGGCUGUUGAAGUUGUUCAACAGUUCAAGUAUCUGGUGACAGUAAUUGAUGAUGUUAACCCUCCAAACCAGUACCGCUGUUGUUGGUGCAAAGGCCCACCAGCGCCUGUACUUUUAUCAGAAGCUGAGAAGUUUUAAUGUUGACCCCACUUUUAUGAGAAUGUCCUAAUGAGUCUGUCUUUUAUCUGCUGCUUUGGGUCACUUACCUUGAAAAAGAGGAACAGGUUAGAUGGAGUGGUCAGAAUGUGCAGUAAAGUUGCAGACACAGAUCUUAAUGAGCAACCUGCCGAGACGCAGGACCAAGAGAUGUAAGAAUAUUAAGAGUGUGGAUUGGUGUGUGAAUUUACCACUGGCUGUGUAACAAAUUGCCCUUCAGAAUAAUUAAGACGACCUUGACCUUGAGCUUGACCUUGGUGUAGCGCUGAAACGAAGAUCUGCCUGGCCGUGCUCGGCUGCACCGUGACAUGACAGCGCUGUGGUUUGGCUCACACUGCACAUCAGAAAACGGCGUCAUCGGCGUACAUAGUUACUGAUGCCCAUGCAGAUAACAUAUUGGUGAUGUCUGGAUGCACAAAUCUGAUCGAUCGCCUGCAGCAGCAGUGUGGACUGUUUCUGUUAAAGAUCUGAUCUGAGAAACAAAUGUGAUUUGAACAAAGUGACACCCGCUCACUGUUACAAUAAAGCUUCUGCUGCUCGCUGUAGCAGCCUGAUCCAGUUUCACUUCACCUCUGGAGCUCUGGUGUCUUUUUUUUUAUCUAAAUCCAUUUUAAUUUGGUGUCAUCUUAAUAUCGUGCAGUCUGAAUUUUGCAAAAAUAAGGAGCCAAACAAGUGAAACGGAAGCCAGCAGUACCUUGACAUUUUGAAUUUCUGUCUGCUUUGUUUGCUAAGUUUUCACAUUAUCGGGUAAAAAAAACAAAACAAAACAAAAAGUUUGACUUAAUCUUUCACUGUUAAAAUGACGUUAGCAUUUCUCAUUUCGGUCAAUGGGUACUGUUAGCUCCAAGCUAAUGACUUUUUUUUUUUUUUUUUUUUUUUUUGCUUUUUUUUUUUUUUUUUUGGUCAUCAAGUAUUUUCGCAUAAGGAAAAUUUUUCAUUUAAACUCCGCAUUAACUGUUGAAACAGCACUUCUCCUUUAAAUGAAAAAGUACUGCUGUCUAGCAAUGCUAAUGCUAACAACCUGAAAUUCAAAAUAUCUUCUUUUAAAAACCAGCAGCACUGUAAAGGUUUAUGAGGCGGAAACGCUGCAUUCAGUUGUGGAUUUUAGAUAUGAAAGAAUACCAAAGGUGUGAAUAUGUAAAUGACGAAUGUUAACAUUAACGCUGUCAAAUGUUGCACAAAUGGCAAAGCUAACGUGUCCUCUUCAUAUGCUGAUGAUGCUACACUAAGUGUACUGAAUGGUCAAUAGUUGUUUAUUGAUGUCAAUUCUUCAAAUUUGUCGAUUUUUACUGUUCCUUUGAUUUUGUACAUAAAUAUCCUGUGUUUUUGUGAA